CACAGUGUCUGUAACAGUGGACAUGACAAACAGGAGCAGGAAGACUCGUGUAGGGUCUCUGCUGACACCAGGCCUCAUCUGAAUAACAACACACCUGUAUAUAAAGAUGGAUUUCAGCUUUGGUGAUCAAAAACACAGGAAGCUCUUUGACCAGCAGCCAUCAUGGGAAAGAUCAUCUUCUACGAGGACAGGAACUUUGGAGGCCAGCACUAUGAGUGCACGAGUGACUGCGCUGACCUUCACUCCAUGUUCGACCGCUGCCGCUCCAUCCGGGUGGAGAGCGGCAUGUUCAUGGUCUACGACCGGCCCGGCUACAUGGGAACCCAGUACUUCAUGAAGAGGGGAGAGUACAACGACUACCUGGGAAUGACCGGCAUGACUGAGUGUGUCCGGUCCUGCCGCUUGAUCCCCACGCAGAGCGGCAGCUCCAAGAUGAGGCUCUACGAGCACUUCGACAUGGGAGGUGAAAUGAUGGAGCUGACAGACAACUGCCCCAACCUCAUGGAUCGUUUCCACAUGUCCAACUUCAACUCCUGCAACGUGAUGGAGGGCCACUGGCUCAUGUACGAGCAGGCCAACUACAGGGGGCGCCACUACUACGUCCGGCCCGGCCAGUACAAGAGCUUCAACGAAUGGAGUGGCAACAGCUCCAGGAUCGGAUCCAUCAGGCGACUCAUGGAUCUCUGAAGACAGAAGAACGUCUGCUCUUUGCCUUGUUUCCCAUGCUGAAUAAAAUAGCGUCAGUGCUUGAUUGUUUUAAGUUUUGUUCUUGCUCUCUGCGUCUGGAGGGCAUGUUUUCACAUGAGGAUGUGAAGUGGUCGUGGCCCGACAUCCUGACUCUCAUCAGAGGCUUGAAUAAAAUCCUGCAAGCGAUGACACUUAACCACA